AGCGACCCGCGUCUGUUUGUGGAUGGCAUCAGUGCCCACGACCUGCACCAAGGCCAGCUGGGGAACUGCUGGUUUGUAGCUGCCUGCUCCAGCCUGGCCUCCAGGGAGUCACUUUGGCAGAAGGCAAACAGGAAGUACAUGACCUUCCUGACCUUGGCCAGCUCGGCGAUCCUUUCUCCAAACUCCUGCAUGUCGGCCUCCAGGGACUUGAGGGGCGAAUCCUCAGGGUCACCGGUGUUUCGCCAAAAUGUUCCGAUUGGCUCCAGCAGCUGACGUGUCAUCAGGUGGGUGAGGUCAGGUGUCCAGUGCUGGGAUAUCCCAGUAACGGUCACACGGCCGUGGCCUGAUAGGGAAAAGUACCAGCGCGAGAACUUGAGGUCCUGGUUGUUGAAGUCCAGCCGGUACACAGCCUCAUGGGGAAGAAGCAAACGCUCGCCAUCCUGGCGCUUCUGACCUGAGCGCUGCAGAGAUGUCACACGGAGACGCAUCAUCUAUGUGGAAAAGACAGGAAGCAGAGCUCAGCAAAGCGCUGUGCAGAUACACGGUCGUGGGAGAGGCGUUCUCAGCAGAACCUCACUAGAACGUUGGUGCUGGUUUAACUGGUGGCAAACAGCCACCACUGCUGAAUGGAAGACUCAGCUCUGUACAUUAAUUCAGAUGUCCUGCAGCAAAGCUUCACAAAAGUUUGGCACCUGCAGGACAGUGUGGCUGCAAACAGCAACCUUCUAGAGUUUACCUGGAGUCUAGAAUGCCUUGGAAUACACUUAUAUACUUGAACUUUUAGUCAGAGCAGCUUUUACAAACACUCACAAUGUGUUCAACAUUUCAGCAUUAGCGUCUGUUUAGAAUUGUAUUGUGUUAAAAUCACAUUAACAGGUUGUGAAAUAAGCGAGCUGGAACUCACCUCUGUUAGUGGAACGUCUUCCUUAAAGUCCAGCACCAGCGUGUUGGAGGAGCCGGCCAGGUCCAUGUCUCUGAGCUCGGGUUGGGUCCUGGGUUGGAGAGGAACCAGCCUUCCGUGUCUGGGUGGAUGCACGGAUGCAGCCGUGCCGAUGCCUGCUCUCAUAUCCUCCUCUGCUGGCGCCCUCCCCUUUCCAGCUAUUUCCGUCACACUCACCCAGAGGGUCGUUCACUUAGGACACGUCGAUCACUGCGUCUCAUGAGCCAGAGCCCACAGCUGCACACAGUCAAUCUGCCUGCCUUCUGAAUAGUUUAAAAGCUGAGUUGUGACGUUUCUCUCUUUGUCCACGUGUUUCACUGUCUCAGAAACAAGCCUUGAAUCAACCAUCUUUUUUGCUAAAGGCUCCAAAAUAAAUCCUGUCACUUUUCUGAAGCUUUGUUUACUGCAUUUCAUGCGGAAUAUGUUUCUAUUGUUAAAGCUGACAUGUUCGCUUAGUCUCCGUCAGGUGGGUGAUGUGUGAGGGUGCUAGGCAACCGGAGGCGCUGAUGACGUACACGUGGGAAGACUGGGAGUUUCCUGAUGGCUUCUGGGAUCUCAGCUGGUCCUGGUCCAAUGGAUCACUUAUUUAUAUCGCAGUGUGUUUGUGUGUGCGUCAGUGGUAAUAUGUUGUCAGUAGGGAUCUUGGGGAACAGGAUGUGGCAGGAUGACAUUCCCUGGGUAAAUUGGUUGCUGCGUUUAAUUAUAGACACUGAAGUUUAAUUAAAGCUAAACGAGUGGAAAGCUUAGUGUUGUCUGGUACUAGUGUCUGACUUUACGCAGGUCAGUGUUAAGAAUGUGUGAUUUUCUUCUGCAGGUGAUUCCUGACUGGAAGGACCAGGAAUGGAAUAAAGACAAUCCAAAGUCCUAUGUGGGGAUGUUCCACUUCCGGUUCUGGAGGUUCGGUGAGUGGGUGGACGUCGUCAUCGAUGACCGGUUGCCCACUGUGAAUGGAGAGCUGGUGUACUGCCGCUCCAACGACCGCAACGAGUUCUGGAGUGCACUGGUGGAGAAGGCCUACGCCAAGAUGUUUGGCUGCUAUGAGGCACUGGAUGGAGGUAACACAGCCGACGCUCUUGUGGAUUUCACUGGUGGCGUGUCCGAGCCACUGGACCUGAUGGAGAACAUGUUGAAAGAAAAUGAGGUGAAACGCAAUGAAUUGUUUGAGAGAGUCCUGAAAGUCCACAAUAGAGGAGGUCUCAUCAGCUGCUCGAUCCGGGCAUCUAGUGCAGCAGACAUGGAGGCCCGGCUGGACUGUGGCCUGGUCAAGGGUCACGCCUAUGCUGUGACUGAUGUCCGCAGACUAAGGCUGGGCCACGGCUUGCUGGCCUUUUUCAAGUCGGACAAACUCACUAUGAUCCGCAUGAGGAACCCCUGGGGGGAGAGGGAGUGGAACGGGCCCUGGAGCGACAGCUCUGAAGAGUGGAAGAAAGUCAGUAAGAGUGAAAGGGAGAAGCUUGGCGUCACUGUGCAGGACGAUGGAGAGUUCUGGAUGACGUUUGAUGACUUCAUCACUCACUUCACCGACCUCAUCCUGUGUCGUCUAAUCAACACGUCCUAUCUGAGCGUCCAUAAGACCUGGGAGGAGGCUGUGAGCCGCGGUUCCUGGACCCGCCACGAUGACCCGUUACUCAACCGAGCCGGGGGCUGCUCCAACAACAAGCAGUCCCACCUCCAGAACCCACAGUACAUGUUUGAUGUGAAGAAGCCAGAGGAUGAGGUGCUGGUGUGUCUGCAGCAGAAGGAUUGCAGAGCCAGGCUGAAGGAGGGACAGGGACAGAACCUGGCUAUCGGCUUCGACAUACACAGGGUCGGUACCAGGGUCUGGAGCUCAGAGUGGGGGAAGUGGCUUUGGUCCCUUGGAUCACUGCUGGUGGAGUUGAACAGGAUUUAUCGGAUGCAUGUUCCUCAGCAAAAGCUUGGUGGGAGCAUUUACAUCAACUCCAGGUCUGUGUUUGUACGCGUAGACCUGAAAGAAGGGCGGUACGUCGUCAUACCCACAACCUUUGACCCUGGCCUGGAGGGAGACUUCCUGCUUCGCAUCUUCACAGAUGUGUCGUCUGACUGCAAGGAGCUGAUUUUACACGAGCCUCCACAGACCUGCUGGUCCGGCCUGUGUGGUUUUCCCUCACUGAUCACACAGGUCCACGUAAUAAAGGCUCACGGACUCGCAGGACAAGACUCGGAUGGAGUUUCCGACCCCUACGUCAUCAUUCGUUGUGAAGGAGUUAAAGUUCGAUCCUCCGUUCAUAAAAACACAUGCAGCCCAAACUUUGAUACCAAGGGGCUUUUCUACAGAAAGACAGCCAAACGGCCCGUCCUCGUUGAGAUCUACAACCACAAUGUCUUCAAGGACUCCUUCCUGGGUCAGGUGACGUUGCCGGCUGAACAAGGCAGUUUCCAGCAGACGAUCCACCUAAGGGACAAGGGCAAUCGCAGCGACAGCGACCUUCCUGGGACCAUCACUGUCACCAUGACGACCAGCACGGUGCUCACCAGUAUCUGAUUCAGCACAGACUCGUCUGGUCGCAGUUCAGAUUGAAAACUUUGCCAAAUGACCAGUUUACUGCAGCGUUUUAGAAUCUCCGGUGUUUGCAGGUGAGUUAUGAGUUUGAAUUGGCGAUUGGUUCAUGACUCAUGACUCAUCAGAGCAAACAAACCCGGUAACUUAUACAUAUUUUAUAUUUACAUAUUUGUCUUCUAAAAGUUUGCAUACAUGGAUGUUCUGACACUAACCAGGAGUCAUUUCUGUUCUACAUUUUAACCUGUUUUAUUACUUUGUACAAUGAACAUUUGUCAUUUUUUCUUGAAAGUAGCUCUAAAUAAAAAGAUGUUUGUAAAAUUGC